GCAGUACAUCGACACGAUUCAGACCAAAAAGAAGAAGAACAGCUAGCUGGCUGAUCACAUCAACAACACUCUGUUCCCGUGUCUUUAUUACCGUAUUAUUAUUAUUAUAUAUGUAUCAGGACAAUCGUUGUCACUGGCUGUGAUUGACCUUUCCUCGGAGGACCGAAGACCAUGGGGAGAUAUCAAGUGAACCCUAUUCGAAAGUAUUUCACUUUCGAGCCCGCAUCCAACAAGUCCCUGUGCCAGAUUGUGGGUUGUGAGGCGAGGAUCGCCGGCAACCACGGCGGCAACCUGCAGCGGCACAUCGAGAAGAAACACCCGGCCGUGUACCGGGAGCUGCUUGGGCAGCCCGGCCUGAAGAGACACACCGCGGGGGUUGGAGGUCACACGGCGCUGCAUUCAGUUGAAGAGGGUGAGGAAGAAGAGGAGGGUGCGCCUGAGUAUGAUUCAGCUGCUUCCACUUCAAACCUCUUCUCGCACUACCAUCCUCUCACCCCGCCGGAGAUCACAGAGCAGGCCAUCUCUUUCCGCUUGAAAGGCGAGAACGACGAAGACCUCUUGUCCAAUGACCUUCCCCCGCCCCACGCCCUGAGGCACGACAUGGUACUGCAGCAGUUCACCGACAUCAUGCUGGCAGACAUGCAGCAGAUCCAGGACCCCCUGCUGCUGAUGAAGCUCAGACGAGAUGUCACCGACCUGGUGUUCAAAGCUGUUGAAGAAGAUGCCAAGAGAAGUCAGAUCGGGAACAGAAAAGAGCUUUAUUGCCAGAUGCUCCCUCGCUUCCAGAUGUCCAGUGAGCCCUGUAGCAGCGGGGCCGGCCCGAGCUCGUAUAUGAAGAACUCUCGGAAGCAAAGGAGGGCCAGUAAGAGUCGGAGGAUGCCAGCUGGGGGGGGAGGAGGAACGGGAGACGAGUGGAGGGCGAGCAUGUGCGAGUUAAAUAGCGCUGCCACCCUUCAGACACACCCGGUUAAGACAGAGACUGAGCCGCUAGAGGAGAUGGAGUUACCGGUGUAUUUCUCCCCCAUCAACUUGGAGGGAACCAACGAAGGUUGAUCAAUUAAAUCAGUUUUUUUUAAUGGUUUGAAAGAAAAACCUUUAGAAAACAUUUAGGGGUAAAUUAUUUUUGUAGGGCUACCUGCCCAAUAAAGUUUUCCUUCAAUGGUU